AUGAUCAAAAAAGACGUUAAAGAGACCCUCCUGCAAUAUGUUAUGACAAAUCUUCAGCUCAUAACAGUUACGUUCUCGUUUCUCAAUUGUCCCAAACUCUCCCUAAUUCUUCCUUUUUCUGUUUUCCUUUUCUCUUUCUCUGUCAAUCCCUGCCAUGCCUCCUGCAAUCAACUAGACCUCGACUCUCUUCUGUCCCUCUCCUUCAAUCUUUCUAAGUCUUCAUCUCCACUAAAUUGGUCUUCAGGACCUGACUGCUGCUUCUGGGAAGGCAUUGCCUGCGAUGAGAACAACCGGGUGACUCGACUUUGGCUACCUUCAAGAGGCCUUCAGGGGAAGAUUUUGCCUUCCAUCCUCAACCUCACUGGUCUCUCCCAACUCAACCUCUCGCACAAUGCUCUCUAUGGACCAUUCCCAGAUAGGUUUUUCACGUCCUUGAAUCGGCUUCAGCUAAUUGACCUGAGCUAUAAUCAUCUCUCUGGAGAAUUAACCUCAUCUGGAAGCUUACCUAUUUCUGUUCUCAGAGCUGACUUUUCCAGCAAUCGCUUAAAUGGGACAAUUCAAUCAUCGUUUCUACAGCAAGCUUGGAAUUUGACCGCUUUUAAUGUCAGCAACAAUAGCUUCACGGGGCAAAUCCCUUCCUCCGUUUGUGUCAAUUCACCUUCUAUUCAAUCCCUUGAUUUCUCCUCCAAUGACUUCAGCAGUCAGAUUCCACGAGGACUGGGAGCGUGUUACAAAUUGCAGGCCUUCCGGGCAGGUUUCAACAGCCUCGGGGGACAUAUUCCCGAUGAUAUUUACAGUGCACUGCAACUGCAAGUACUCUCUUUACCUGCAAAUAAUUUGAAAGGAUCCAUUAGCAAGGGAAUCACUAACCUCACCCAACUCAGAAUCCUUGAGCUCUUUUCUAAUCAAUUCACAAGUUCUAUCCCUCAGGAUAUUGGAAAGCUCUCCAAGUUGGAAGAGCUGCUUCUACACAUCAACAAACUCAAUGGCUCUGUACCUCCGUCUCUGAUGAACUGUACCAGACUCAGAAAACUGAAUUUAAGGGAGAACUGCUUUGGAGGUGAACUAUCGAUGCUAAAUUUCUCCAAACUACUCCAACUUAGAACAAUAGAUCUUGGAACCAAUAAUUUUAUUGGUGUCAUCCCAGUGAGCCUUUUCUCCUGCAAGUCACUGACUGCAAUUCGAUUGGCUGGGAAUCAGCUCAAAGGGCAGAUCUUGCCAGAAAUAGUCUCCUUACAAUCUCUCACCUUUCUCUCAAUCUCGAAUAACACGCUGAACAACAUCUCAGGAGCAAUUGCGAUUCUAAUGGGGUGCAAUAACCUCAGAACUGUCAUCCUCACAAAAAACUUUUACAAUGAAGAAAUUCCAGAUGAACGGAUAAUGGAUUCAGAAGGGUUUCAGAAUGUCGAGGUGCUCGGCUUAGGUGGUUGCAACUUCACUGGUAAUAUCCCCAGUUGGCUGGCUAAGCUUAGGAAGCUAGAGGUCCUGGACUUGUCUUGCAAUCAAAUCUCAGGCUUCAUCCCAGGUUGGUUGGGAACUCUUCCAAAUCUGUUCUACAUAGACUUGUCUCAUAAUUUUCUCUGGGGAGGCUUUCUCCUGGAGCUGACAAGACUAAAGAGAAUGGCAUCUGAGGGGGGCGCUGACAAAGUAGACAAAAGUUAUCUUGAGUUGCCUGUCUUUGUUGACCCUGACAAUGAUUUCAAACAGCAAUAUGAUCAGCUUUCCCACCUGCCACCAGCAAUAUACCUGAAAAACAAUAGCCUCACUGGCGCUAUUCCUGUUGAAAUUGGAAAUUUAAAAUCUCUUCAUGUGCUGGAUUUAAUCCGCCCUUGCCCCACUCAGCCAAAAGCGAUGCACCCUCACGAGAGGCAAAAUAAGAAAAAAGUUAAUGGACUCAUGUUGGGUAUAUGUUCUGGCAUUGGCUUUACUCUAACUGUGCUGGCAGCAUUUUUGUUCUCCAUGAGGAGGAUACUUCCAAGUGAACCCAAACAAAUCAAUCUGGAUACAAAUUGCCAUGGCACAAACUCUGGCAUGUCUACUGAGAUUAGAAAAGAUGAUACCAAUCUAGUCACAGUCUUCCCAAAUAGCAUGGACGAAAUCCAUGAUCUUUCAAUAGCAGAGAUCCUGAAAGCUACAGAAGAUUUUAACAACAUUGUUGGUUGUGGAGGUUUUGGCAUGGUAUAUAAAGCAACUUUAGAAAAUGGGACCAAGCUGGCUGUCAAGAAACUAUCAGGAGAUACAGGGCUUAUGGAAAGGGAAUUUAAAGCAGAGAUAGAAGCUCUAUCAACAGCACAACACAAUAACUUGGUUUCCCUUAAAGGCUACUGUGUUCAUAAUGGAUUUCGGAUACUGAUAUAUUCAUACAUGGAGAAUGGAAGUCUUGACUAUUGGUUGCAUGAGAAGAUAGAUGGAGCAGCACAACUUGAUUGGCCAACUCGAUUGAAGAUUGCACAAGGAGCAAGUUGUGGGCUGGCUUACCUGCAUCAUAUAUGCGAACCACAUAUAGUGCAUCGAGACAUCAAGUCUAGUAACAUCCUCCUUGAUGAAAAAUUUGAAGCACAUGUUGCAGAUUUUGGAUUGUCCAGAUUGAUCCAUCCUUAUAACACUCAUGUCACCACCGAACUAGUUGGCACCUUGGGUUACAUUCCCCCAGAGUAUGGCCAAGCAUGGAUAGCCACUUUAAAAGGAGAUGUUUAUAGUUUUGGUAUAGUUAUGCUUGAGCUGUUAACUGGGAAGAGGCCUCUGGAAGUGUUCAAUCCAAAGAUGUCAAGAGAAAUAGUUGCUUGGAUCCAGCAAAUGAGGAGUGAGGGAAAACAAGAUGAAGUAUUUGAUCCACUUCUGAGAGGUAAGGGCUUUGAGGAAGAGAUGUUGCAGGUGCUUGAUGUGGCCUGCAUUUGUGUCAACCAGGACCCUUUGAAGAGGCCAACAAUUACAGAAGUAGUCAAUUGGCUAAAUAACGUGGGGGCCAGCAAGUAA